CCUGCAGAGCUACAGUGUUUUACCUAUGUGAGCAACAACAAACAAUUUCUGAUGCUGUCUUGCUCCUGGGAUGGAGGGAUUCCAAAGGCCUUGUUGUGGUGGGAGGGCCCUGGGGGACAGAAGAAAAGUGGAGAAGAAAGCUCCAAUAUUUUGGUUCUCAGUUUUGGCACGGCCAGGAAUGACAGAGCAUACACCUGCUAUGCUCAACACCCACUACUGGCUCAGCAUAAAACCUGCCUUGUGACUCUAGUCUCGGUAAGUAAGCCCAUCCUCACAUUGAGAGACGUUCCAGUCGAGGGAUCCACAAUACGGAUGAGAUGCAGCGUAAAAAAUGGGACUGAACCGAUCCAGUACAUGUGGCAGCGUCAAACCCUCAAUGGAAACUUCUCCACCUUCUCAGAGGGGAACCAGAGCUUCAUCUUAAUGACGUAUAUCAACAGGAACCACACAGGGUGGUACCGCUGUGUGGUCAGCAACGCCGUCAACACCGAGAGCUCUGACCCCUUCUGGUUGGACAUCAGUUUUGGUCCAGACAAUCCUCAGAUAAACAUCUCUCCAAACCCCAUGAUGGACCGGAUUUACACCACUGUGGAGCUAGAGAAUGAAUAUGUCACUCUGGAGACACAGGCUGUUUCUUUGUUGUGUCAGGCCCAGUCCAAUCCACCCGGUCAAUACAUUUGGUUUUUCAACAACUCCCAGAUCCACAACAGCUCACAGCUCACCAUCCCCAAGAUUCUCAGAAAUCACACUGGCAACUACACCUGCUCUGCUCAAAACAUCCACCUAAACACCAGCUCCAGCAGAACCAUCAACCUGACUGUGUACUACCCUCCUGCAGGCUCCCCCUCUUGCUCCAUGGAGCCAGCUCGAAAUCACUCCUCUCUCAGACUGAUCUGUUCCUGGUCCGGUGGAUUCCCUUCUCCUGUUCUACACUGGAGAGGAGAUCUUGUACAAAAUCUGUCUGAUGCAAGACAGCAAACAAAUCUACUCAGCACUUCAGCCAUCCUGCUGCCCUCUGGAGGAAAGACUCUUAACACAAGCUUGUCUACCUGUGUGGGCUCACAUCCUGCCCUGAAACAGCUGACAGAGUGCAGCACACGCACAUUUAUUCCUUCUGCAGAGCUGCAGUGUUUUGCCCAAGUCACUGACAACAAAAAGGAUCUGAUGCUGUCCUGCUCCUGGGAUGGAGGAGCUCCAAAAGCCUUCAUAUGGUGGGAGGGCCCCGGUGGACAAAAUAAAGGAGGAGAAGAAAGCUCAAAUGUCAUGCUUAUACGCUAUGAUACUGCCCACUUUGAAAAACCCUACACCUGCUUUGCUCAGCACCCACUUCUGCUCCAACCCAAGACCUGCAGACUGACUCUGGUCCCUGUAAGUAAACCCAACCUCCUGGUUACCUGGUUAGAUGCUCCAGAGGAAGGAUCCACAAUGUCGAUGCGCUGCAAUGUGGCCACUGGAGCUGGACCCAUCCAAUACAUGUGGCAGCGUGACACCCCCACAGGAGACUUCACAUCCUUCGCAGAAGGAAACAGCAUCAUCAUCAACAAAGUCAACCGCAGCUUCACAGGCUGGUACCGCUGUGUGGCCAGCAACUCCAUCAGCAGUGAGAGCUCUGACCCUUUGAGGGUGGACAUCAUCUUUGGUCCAGAUGAUCCUCAGAUUGAUGUCACUCCAAAAACUGUUUUGGAGCGAGGAUACACGGCUCUGGAAAAAGAAGCUGUUUCGCUGGUGUGUCAGGCUCAGUCUAAUCCAGCAAGUCAGUACAUCUGGUUCUACAACAACUCCCAGAUUACCACUGGGCCACAGCUCACCAUCACCAAAAUUCUGCGUGUGAACGCUGGCGACUACACCUGCUUAGCCCAGAACACUUUCCUCAAAACUCGCUCUAAAAGAGCCAUCAGUCUGACUGUGUACUACCCUCCUGAUGGAUCCCCCAUUUGCUCCGUGGAACCAGCUUUAAAUUACACCUCACUAAAACUGAUCUGUUCCUGGCCUGGUGGAUUUCCCUCACCUGCUCUCCAGUGGAAAGGAGAUCUUGUAGAUCAGCUAAAUUCACAGGACAGCUCUACCAUUCUGCUGCCCCCUGGAGGCCUGAUUCCCAACAACAGCUUGUUUAGCUGUGUGGGCUCACAUCCUGCCCUGAAACAGCAGACAGAGUGCAGCACACGCACUCUUCUUCCUCCUGCAGAGCCGCUGUGUUUUGCCUACGUGACCAACAGCCAACAGCAACUGAUGUUAUCCUGCUCGUGGGAUGGAGGGGCACCAAAGGCUUUUGUGUGGUGGGAGGGCCCUGGGGGCCAAAGCAAAGGUGGUCAAGAAAACUCCAACAUCCUGGUCCUUCGUUACGGUACUGCUCGCAGUGGGGAACCCUACAUCUGCUAUGCUCAGCACCCACUUCUAAUCCAACCCAAGACCUGCAGACUGACUCUGGAGGCCCCCGUGUUGUUGACCCAACGCAGAGUCAUCUCUGUCUACGAAGGAACUGAUGUGCAGCUAACCUGUAAUCUGAGAGCUAACUAUCUUCCUGUCAACGAAAUCACCUGGUUCAACAAUCGAGGUGCUGAUAUCCGUGACACGUCAAAGUACAUGCUGCUGCGAACAUCUGCAUGGGCCAAUCUGACCGUGAGAGACACAGACGAAACUCAAGACAGUGGAGAGUACAGGUGCUCCACUUCAAAUGCUGUUGGAGGAGCAGAAAUCAACGUCACUCUGGUGGUUAAAAAAUAUCCCAUGCCACCCAACGCCACCCUCAUCAGGGUGAUGUACAACAGUCGACAACGGCAGCAAGUUGAGGCAGAGUGGCAGGUUGAGAGUGGGGAUAAUGGAGGCUGGACAGGAUUUUUCCUCGAGUACCGCAAGGUGUCAGAGCGACCUGGAAAACGGGGAGGCAGCAAUAGCUCACAACAGCAGGUGCAAGAGAGUGCUGCUUCCCAAGACUGGUACAGAAUCAUCAUUCAGGAUCCAGAGACCAGGAGUCAUACGGUUUAUGGUUUGAUACCCACUGUUACCUACCAAUUCCGCAUCACAGCCGUUAACUACCACACUUUUGGACAUCCUUCUGCAGUAAAGAUUCCAGGGGAGCAAAAGCAUGAUGUGUAUCCCACUGUGAUUGGAGCAGCAGUGGGGGGGAUGAUUUUUGCAGCCAUUCUGAUGUCUCUCCUGCUUGUGUACAUUGUCCGAAACCGCAACAACAACCCCCGACUGCAUGACAUGCUGUUUGGCUCGCAGCACAGCCGGUCAAGGGAGAACAUCAACUUCCCAGAGGAUGAGGUGGUUGGUAGAUCAGAGGGAGGAAAAGAUUAAUCACCUAA